UACGUGCAGGCGCUCUCCGACUUUGCGCCGCAGCAGGAGGGCGAGCUCGGCUUUCGCGCGGGCGACUACAUCCAGGUGACGCAGCAGGGCGAGCCGGGCGGAUGGUGGGAGGGCUCGCUGGAUGGCCGGAUGGGCUGGUUCCCCUCGUCCUUC